GUAUAUGUGUGCAGAACUAACUGUGGCGGUGGCUCGCGCCCACGCAAAACAAAAGGAAUUCGGCCGUAAUAUAUCAACGAGGCGUAGCUAGUAGCUAACGUCCGUCCUUCUCAAAUUUGUGACAAAAUCUAGACGUAGGUUGUUUGUUGACAUUUAUAUAUGACUUAAUUUGGUGUAAAUUAUUGUUCGAUUGCAAAUACGUAAUGCUAUCAAUGGAAGUAGCAUGAAAAGGCUUGGAUUGAAAGCAGAACUCUGUCUCAGAGCUGUAGGGCCCUUGGGGCCCCAGUAGAGGAUGCACCGUGGUGUGGACAAGGACUUCCAGACUUCAGCGCGGAGGAUGGGUACAUCUUUGCUGUUCCAGUUGUCUGUCCAUGAGCGUGAACUGGACUUGGUGUUCCUGGACCACAGCUAUGCUAAGCCAUGGAAUGCCCACCCGGAUGCCAGCAGUGCCCGGCCCACGCGCAUGCUGUUCGUCACACCCCGUCGCCAACCUGAUGCCGUUCCGGAAUCAGACCUGUCAAUAGAUGUGGAAUCUGUCACGCCUACACCUAUUCCACUCUAUGACAAUCAGAAAGCACGCAGUGUUAUGAAGGAGUGUGAGCGACAUGUUUUAUUUGCUCGCACAAUUGCUGAGGGUCCCCCACCCCCUGAUGACUGGGAGGAACACAUCAACAAGGCUGGAUGGUCGGUCAUUCAAAACAAGUUGUUUAAUAAGGUGCUGAAGGCUCUGCAAGCUGAAAGACUGGCCCGGCUGGCCAAUGAAAACGCCUCCAAUGAGCCAGUAUUGCGCAGGAUUGCUGUGGACAAGUGUGCCCGAAAGGUGCGCCAUGCACUGGCCAGUGUCAACUGGGACACCAAAUUGACCCAGUGGCUACACAGCACCCUGAUAGAAUCCCUCAGUCUGGCCAUGCUGGCCGCUUACCUAGACGUACUGCAGACACUCAAGAGCAAGUUGCCCUCGCUGAUUGACAGGAUGCUGCUGACUUCAUCAGUGAAGACUGGAGCGGCCGGUGCAGAGGCCCUCUCUCUGCUACUGAAGAGGCCCUGGGACCCAGCCGUGGGCGUUCUGUCUCACAACAAACCGAGCAAGCUUCCUGGCUCCCCACUCAUCUUAAUUGCACCAUCAGGGCCCACCAAUCCUGCUCUUUCUACCUCGCGCCGAAUGAGAUUUUGGCAGUCACAGCUCUCCUGCUUGGGAAAGGUAAUCCCGGUAAAUACCCACGUAAACAGUGGAGCCAAUGUGGGCAUCACUCAGUGUCUGGAGCACAUGUUGGGCACCGUCAGGGCCAAAGUCAUGGAGGUCCACAGUCACUUCCCUCACAAACCCAUUAUCCUGGUUGGCUGGAAUGUGGGAGCACUCAUCGCCUGUCAUGUCUCUCUCAUGGAAUACCUGACUGCUGUGGUGUGUCUUGGCUUUCCACUGCUAACCAUCAAUGGACCAAGAGGGGAUGUGGACGACCCCUUGCUGGACAUGAAGACGCCAGUGCUGUUUGUGGUUGGUCAGAAUGCUCUGCAGUGUGGCACAGAGGCCAUGGAGGAGUUCCGAGAGAAACUCCGAGCCGACAACAGCAUGGUGGUGGUGGGGGGAGCCGACGACAACCUCAGAAUCAACUCCACAAAAAUGAAAUCAGAGGGACUGACACAGACCAUGGUGGAUCGCUGCAUUCAGGAUGAGAUAGCAGACUUCCUGUCGGGGGUGCUGACGCGGGCGGAGAGCCACGGCCAUGGCUCAGGAGAGCUGAGGGACCUUGACACGGAGAAGAAGAAGAAGCCUAGACGCGAGCUACCCUUUGACCUGGAAAGGGGCCGCCCCUCCUCCCCUGCCCUCAGAGUACCAAUAUCCCCCUCAGGCUCCGAGGACCUGUCCAGUGUGUGCAGUAGUCCCACCUCCAGCCCCAAGCCAAAGACGUCGGGACUGUCCCCAGCACAGAAGUCCAGUCUGAUCACUGCCACACAACUCCUCAAGACCCAUAUGCAGCGGUCUGGGACUGUGCUCACACACAAGCAGGCACAAGUUCCUGUAUCCAGUGAGCAGACCGAGGCCCUGGAGAGAGAUGAGCUGCGGGCCCAUCUGAAGAGGAGGCAGACUCCCAGCCCCACUCCCACCAAAGCCUCCAAGAGAGCCAAGAUUAAAGUGACCAUUCUGCAUGGAGAGACAGCAGGGGGCGCUGUCAGUUCUACAGCACAGGAAGGGGGUCCUUCUGGGAUGCCCCUAGCUGUGACUGUGGGACAGACUGUGUCUGGAGCCAAGGAACUCUCUGGACUCCUCACAUCCCAGCGGUCUGGUAGUCUGACAGAGGUGUCUAGUGCCCUGAGCUCGGGGUCCAGCUCUUUCCACAACCUGCAGAGUUGCAUGGUGUCAGGGUCCUCCUCACCAGUCCAGGCGCAAGCUCCUGCUUCUGCCCAAGCACCUUCCGCCAGCAGCCUCCUCCAAGGCCUAAGUUUCAGUCUUCAGGAGAUCGUGACCAAAUCCCCUAGCCUGCCCACCACCACAGCUAGCAUGGGCAGCAUUCAGCCCUCUGGUGGGAAGCCCCAGGGUCAGGUCCUUAGCUCCAUAGGUACUGGCAGCAGCACUCUGCUCCGGGCAGUGCCUGUGGUCUCCACUGGAGGGCUGUCCAAGACCACUGCCAUCCACCAGCUACUCACCAAUGGCGGGCUGGCCAAGCUGGCGAGCAGCCUCCCUAGCCUGGCACACAUCUCCACCCAGAGUGCCGGUACGUCCCGAACUGCCAAACCACGGCGGCCACGCUGAAUGCCCAGGGUUCUCCUUAACCCCCUGAUUUUCGGAAAAGCUAGAAUAGCAGGACGGGCCCUAUCGCCAGGUCACCUUGGCCACACUACAGAUAGCUGACUGAGAUAGUGGACAGCAUGAUCAAUAAUGUGUAUGCAGAUAGUCAUCCAUGAGGAUCCUAGGUGUGGUCAGUAUCAGGAAAACCAGACUUGCAGCCAUGUAACAUCAAAGUGUACAGAUUUGUAUUGUAAGGGAUGAUGUGUUUUUGUACUAAUGUUCAUGUUUGGAAGAGCCAUAAGGAAAACAUCAAUGAAUACAUGAUCCAGGUGUAUGUGACAUUGGAAUUAGCAGUUUGAUGAAGUCAUGUUUAAUACAUAUUGUUUAUGUAUUAGUCUACACAUUUCAAAUGUAAAUGCUUACAUGAGAAUAUGUUCAUGUUUGCCCGUAGUUUCCUUGAUACAUGGAACUCAUUGAUACAAAAUUGUUGUCACGAUAAUUGUGAAUCAAGAGGGCCAAAAACAAAUGGACAUUCAUGCAUUUUGGCGUUUUGAAUAUCGCCUAAAUGUCACAUGACAACUGACAGUGUCAAUGGCCCUGUUCAGACUGCAUUUGUUCACCAGAUCUGUCCACUCGGUAGAUGCCUCUUUAUGUUUGUUUCAUUUUGAUUGCUUGGUCUUCAUGUUACAUUUUGUAAAUCCACUAAUUAAAUCACCUGCAACAAGCAAGCAGCAGCCAUGAUUCCAGAUGCACGCAAGGACCCACGGACUCACUGGACUUUAGAGAGGAAAGAGUAUGAGGAGAAGUAGCAAUAAUAUUCACAUCCGGCAUACCACCUGUUUCUAUCAUUGCAAUAAAGACUG